AUGGGUUCUGAGUAUCACACGGAUCAGGAUGGUCUGCAUGACAGGGCAUUGCUCGCAGGUUUCAGCGCACCGGCAUUCAAGCCGAGAUUCAGCCGCGUCCAUCGGUCUGCAGGAUUCGGCGGGAGCGGCUUGAGCGGAAAGUGGGGCUGCUACAAGACGGAAGGAGACAUCGAUGCAUACUGGAAGGCUGCUGGCCUGCCAUGGCUGGCACGGAAAGGCUUGCAGCUAAUGGACUGGGGUGCCGGAAAGAACCAGAAUGUUCGAGAGUUUGCACAAGCAGCAGAUGACAUCGAGAUGGAUUAUUCCUUCCAGGGCCCAGGGCUUGGAGGUCUUGGCUUCACAGAAAAGUACAAGGUGGGCAAUGGAGUCCAGGAGAUCACCCGCAUGGGCGGUGCUAAGAUCCUUGUGGACCCUGUGUGGGAGUCAGACUCCGUCUUGCGGGUUACGAACAUGAAUCCUGCGAAGCAGACUCAGGGCUGGACAAAGUCAGUCCUUGGAGGUAGCAAGGACGAAGAAGCAAAGAAAGAAGCCAGCGAAAGUGAGGCUGCUGGUGGUGGGGAAGUCAUCGAUGUUCAUCGGUUUUACAUUGAGGAGGACAGCCUCGUUCUCGAAGCUGACUCGUCGCCAUCCGGAGGGCCAGUUGUGAAGUGGUUCCUGCGCAAGCUUGAGUAG